AUUUGUAAGGACUACGUCACGGAAAAAUACUGGGACAAACUUUCGGUGCCAAGCAUUCCAAUAGUGAUGAGAAGGAAAAUUUUUGAAACGAUCACAAUGCCGCCCCAUUCAUUCAUUGCAAUGGACGAUUAUAAUUCGCCAAAAGAAAUGGCCGAGCAUUUGAUUCGAUUAGAAUCGGACAGAGUAUUUUGCAUGGAGGAAGGAGGAUGGACAGCAGCACCAUGGAAUGCACCCGGAUAUCGCAAAUGGGUAUUGUCGGUUUUAUAUGCGAACGCCUCGGGGAGAGAAUCAAGAGCCUAA